AUGAAUUGGCUCAGCCUCUUCGUCCUACUGACCAUGGCCGGGCUGUCGCAUGGGACAUGGGACAACUGCGGCCCCAUGACUUAUUCCUAUGGCAAUGUGGCUUAUGACUAUGGCAUGACACGUGUCGUGGGUGGUGCCGGUGCCGCGGAAGCAGCUUGGCCCUGGAUCGUCAGCAUCCAGCACCCAUGGGUACCAGGCCUGGGGCAUAUGUGUGGAGGUUCUCUCAUCAGUCCAGACUGGGUCCUCACAGCAGCCCACUGCUUUGAUGAUGUGAGUAAUGCCAGUUUGAUCUACGUGGUGAUUGGGGCCACCCGGUUCACUCAGCCGGGCCCUGGGGCUGCAGUGCGCAAUGUGAAGCAGGUGGUGGUACACCAGGACUACAACCCUAAGGACUUUAGCUACGACAUUGCCCUGAUGCAAUUGGACCACCCUGUCCAGUGCAGUUCCUACAUCCAGCUGGCCUGUGUGGCUGAACCCACCCUAAGAGUCUCAGAGCUCAUCAACUGCUGGAUUGCUGGCUGGGGUUCCACUGUUGCAAGAUCGGCAGGUACUACACCUGAUCUCCUCCAGGAGGCCAAGGUCCAGCUCAUCGAUCUCCAGCUCUGCAACAGCAGUGACUGGUACGGAGGGCAAAUCUACACCCACCAACUGUGUGCUGGAUACCCACAGGGUGGCAUCGCCGCCUGCCAGGGUGACAGCGGUGGUCCCCUCAUGUGCCAGGACAACAACGCUGACCACUGGUGGGUCAUUGGAGUCACCAGCUGGGCAAAUGGAUGUGCCAGAGCAAUGCAGCCUGCAGUCUACACCUCCACUAAGUACUUCUAUGACUGGAUCGAUUACAAUAUGCGUGUAAAUGCAAUGAAAAGUGCUCCUUGA